UCCAUUUCCAUAUCUGCGUCUAUCUCGCUAUUUUCUCUUUCUUUAUGUUUUCUUUUUCUUCUGGAUCUUUGUCUGAAUAAAGCUCUGCUUGGUUUAGAGAGAAAACGCAGAAAGCUUCCCAUAUUCCAGAGAAAUCUCGUGCUUUUAUUAUUCGAAGCGAAAAAGCGAACAUGAGAUGAGCAUAUUACUGGAAAUUUUUGGCAUUUUUACGUCCUGUUAAUGCGGAGGAGAAAGAUGUGAAAUAGAAAGCUGCUAUUUUUUGCGUUGCAUCUUGAUGAUAAGGAAUCUUAAUAUGUAAUAAAAUAACUUGUUAGCUGAAAUAUUAUGUGCUCAAUUUGAUUGGACGAAAUUGCCGCAGAUGAACAAGACGAAUAUCAUUGUUCUAAUCCGAUACAUUGCUGUCUUAAAAUACUAAUGAUGUCUGUUCAUGGACCAAAGCUGAGACUGCUGAUGAAAAGUAAAAUUCGUGUUACAACUGAAAUUCGUAAUACUAUAUGAUGACGUGUGCAAAAUCUAGCUCGAUGUUGAUAACCAUGGCACUUUUUCGUAAUACUAAUGUAGUCUGUCAAAGUAGUAGAUGAUGAUCCAUGACUGGCGUCUCUUGGCAUUAGCUUAUCCAUGUCCAAUGAGCUUCUCUACAAAGUUGAACUCAUCUAAUUUUUUUGAUGAUAACUUAUGAUUUGUGUCAAUGUGACUUCGUAUGCACACGCUACUCUGCUUUGCUUCAGUUAAUACUGCAUUUCUGUGCUGUUUGUGGCAAUAUUUUUGUCUCAUGGUCGGAGAUGCUUUGAAUGCAUUGUUGUCUCUCAUAAUACCUUCUUCAGCUGGAUAUGGUGGUUGUUAUAUGAAUUUGUUUACCAACUUUGUCUGUAUUUGUUUUUCCCGCUUGUCAUAUAUAUCAUUCAAUUCAUUGUUGCUUCUUUAGGUAAGGAGAGGUCAGAGUAAAGCAUCUUCUGUAUCAGUAAGCUGUCUCUUUUCCUAAUUUAAAAUUCUAUCACAUUUUGCAUGAAUAUGAUCUUCAAAGUUCAUGCCUGCGUGUUAAGCAUUUGAUUGCCGAAUCUUGAUGGUGUCAGAAUUUUUUUUUCUUUUUUCGCCAAUAGGGGAUCGAAGAUUGCAGCUUUACUUGCUAAUUUUGUUGCCUGUCCACUCUGUAAGCUUUAAUGGAGUUGUCACGCUCCAUAAUGGCCUAAUAUCUAAAAUUCCUGAUGAUUUGUGUGUAGUACCGUGAUUAAUGCGCGUGUGCACCUGCUUAGUAACGUACAUGGACCAAAUUAUCAAAGUUUCUUCUGUGGCAGUGGUUCGAGAAAAAGAUGUAUGCUGGGAGUAUGCCGAAAAGUUAGACGGAAACAAAGUGAGAUGCAAGUUCUGCCUUAGAGUGUUGAAUGGUGGCAUUAGUAGAUUAAAGCAUCAUCUGUCUAGACUUCCCAGUAAAGGUGUAAAUCCAUGCAGCAAAGUGAGGGAUGAUGUUACUGACAGGGUCAGAGCUAUUAUAGCGGUAAAGGAAGAGGGAAAGGAAAUUCCCCUUCCCAAGAAACAGAAGCUAGCAGAAGCGAAACCUCCUAUCAGCGCUUCCAUGGGUAAAGGUUCAAUCACUUUGGAAGCACCUCCUCCAGUGGUGAAAGUUUUUCCAUCUGUGAUGCCCAUAGGUUCCUCCCCAGCUAGUGACCAAGAAAAUGCAGAGAGAAGUAUCGCCGUAUUCUUUUUUGAAAAUAAACUGGAUUUUGGCGUGGCUCGUUCUUCAUCUUAUCAACAAAUGAUUGAUGCAAUAGGAAAGUGUGGCAGUGGGUUCAUAGGGCCAUCCUCUGAUUCUCUCAAGACUAUCUGGUUAGAGAGGAUCAAGUCUGAAUUAAGCUUAGAAUCUAAAGAUAUUGAGAAAGAAUGGGCCAUGACAGGUUGUACAGUAAUCGCUGAAACAUGGACAGAUAACAAAUCUAGAGCUUUGAUUAAUUUUUUAGUCUCUUCGCCUUCUAAAACUUUUUUCCACAAAUCAGUAGAUGCAUCGUCAUAUUACAAGAAUAUCAAGUGCCUUACCGAUUUAUUUGACUCUGUAAUUCAAGAUUUUGGCCAAGACAAUGUUGUGCAGAUUAUUGUGGAUGAUACUCUUAAUUGCACUGGUUUGGUAAACCAUAUUCUUCAGAACUAUGGUAGUAUAUUUGUUUCUCCUUGUGCUUGGCAAUGUCUAAAUUCAAUCCUGGAGGAGUUCUCCAAAGUAGAUUGGGUUAACAGAUGUAUCUUGCAGGCACAGGCUAUCUCAAAGUUUAUAUAUAACACUUCGACUGUUCUGAAUCUUAUGAAAAAGUACACCGGAGGACAGGAGAUCAUUAAGUCUGGCAUCACAAAGCCUGUUUCUGACUUUCUCUCCUUGCAAUCUAUCCUGAAACAGAGGUCAAAACUGAAACAUAUGUUCAAUAGCCCUGAAUUUUCUGCAAAUUCAGCUUAUGCAAAUAAGUCUCAAAGCAUAACCUGUGUUGGCAUUCUUGAUGAUAAUGAUUUCUGGAGGGCAGUUGAGGAAUGUGUUGCUGUUUCUGAACCCUUCUUGAAAGUCAUGAGGGAAGUUUUUGGAGGGAAGCCUGCAGUGGGGUACAUUUACGAAUUGAUGACUAAAGCAAAAGAGUCAAUCAGAACUUACUACAUUAUGGAUGAGAUUAAAUGCAGUACUUUUCUAGAUAUAGUUGACAAGAAGUGGCAGAACAACCUCCAUUCACCUUUACAUUCUGCUGCUGCUUUUUUGAAUCCUAGCAUCCAGUAUAAUCCAGAGGUCAAGUUUCUUGGCUCUAUAAAAGAAGAUUUUUUCAGAGUCUUGGAGAAAUUACUCCCCACGCCAGAAUUAAGACGAGAUAUUACCAAUCAAAUUCUUUUAUUUACCAGGGCAUCUGGGAUGUUUGGUUGUAAUCUCGCAAGGGAAGCAAUUGAUACUGUUACACCAGGGAUUUGGUGGGAACAGUAUGGUGAUGCUGCUCCCGUGUUGCAACGGGUUGCCAUACGAAUACUUAGCCAGGUCUGUAGCAUUUUUACUUUUGAGCGGAACUGGAGUACAUUCAAGCAACUUCAUUCGGAGAAGCGCAAUAAAAUUGACAAGGAAACAUUGAAUGACCUUGUAUAUAUACAUUACAAUCUCAAGCUAGCUAGAUCUCUUGCAUCAAGGCCUUUGGAAGUAGAUCCCAUUCAACUUGAUGACAUAGAUAUGACUUCUGAGUGGGUGGAGGAGCCUGAGAACCCUAGCCCCACUCAGUGGCUGGAUAGGUUUGGUUCUGCAUUGGAUGGGAAUGACUUGAACACGAGACAGUUUAGUGCUGCUAUAUUUGGUGGUGACCACAUCUUUGGUUUGUGAUCCUGCUUCUCAGGUGACUCUUGGUUAACAAAAUCGUGUUGUUAAACCGGCAGUUGUUAUUGUAGACUGAUGUAGAUGAUCUAUGCAAUGUAGCUUCCCUAUGCGCCAUCUGGCGUCCUUGCAUAGUGCACCGUUUUAUUGGAUAUAUUCUUAAUUUUUAUUGUCUUUUCGUGUUUGUUACUAUGACUUAUGAUUCAAUAUUUGUACUAUUGGCUUAACAUAAAUCAAUUUAGUAAAUAUGCUAUCAAAAAA